AUGUCUAAGAGUUCAGUGCCAGAGGUGUAUGCUCGAGUCAUCAAAGAAGUUUGCGAGGCAUCUCGUCAGGAUUUUGAGGAAAGUGGUGUUGAUCUAGCAGCGCUCGAAUUACUGCAGCAGGGCUGGCAAAAGCGCCUUAGCGCUGAACACAUUGCAACAUUUCCAUGGGAUCCUAAGCCUGAGCCUAUUAAGACAGAACUCCCGCCUAUACACAGCAAUGCGAAAGCAGUACUUACAGUGCCAAGCAAUGGAUCAGCUCUUUCCCCACCGUCAUCGAGCUCAACGCCAGGACCUCAGAUCAAACAGGAGCAUCAACAAUAUGCCACGCAACUGCCGCCGCAACUCAACUACGCAACACAGUAUCCUCAAGGGCCAACUAUGAGCGCUGAACAGCGAGCGUCAAUGCAUCUCCAACAGAGGUAUGGCCAGCAAGCUGCUGCACAAAUAGCUCAACUUCAAAAUCAGCAGAGAGUUCCUGCACAACCGACCAUGCACCAACAGCCACAACCCCAACAACAGCCUUACAUCAAGCAGGAGUUCAAGCACGAAGACUCCCACGACCACAGUUAUCCUCAACAAACCUAUAAUACCUCAGUCCCUAUCAAAAAUAGCCAAGUCGAUGGUGCUGCUGAUGCGCAGAAUGAGUAUAGAUCUGAGAUUGCAAGGCGCCGUGCUUUAGUCGCCCAGCACAGGGAGGCUGGCGAUAGACUGAUACGAGAUCAAGUGCUCUCAUCUCAGCAAUCGUUAGAAGGAGGGGGGUUGAUGAUGCCCUUGAACGCUCAUCGACCAAUCAAGCACAGGCACAUACAAGCGGAACCAGCGACGGAUUCCUCAUCUCUGGCGCGGAACCAAGGCGAUGCUGCUGGUGACGAGGACGACGAAGAUGCUAUCAAUUCUGACCUCGACGACCCUGACGAGCUUGACGAAGCAAAUGCUGACGAAGAAAAUGUGACUAACGUGAUGCUCUGUACCUACGAUAAAGUACAGCGCGUCAAGAACAAGUGGAAGUGCACAUUGAAAGAUGGUGUUUUGAAGGUUGAUGGUUCUGAAUUUGUUUUCCACAAAGGUCAAGGCGAAUUUGAGUGGUAG